AAAUUUAUGUCAUACAAAUAGAAUAAGCAAGUAAACCAGUCUAUUUUAAUAAGUUUCCGAAUAUGACACUUCCGCUUCCUUUUCAGCCUAAAUUUAAUCAUGGCGCAGGGCAAAAAUAAAAGGCUCACGAAAGGAGGCAAGAAGGGUGCAAAGAAAAAGAUUGUUGACCCUUUCACAAAAAAGGACUGGUAUGAUGUUAAAGCUCCUUCCAUGUUCAAUAUUCGCCAGAUUGGAAAAACCCUUGUUACCAGAACACAGGGUACAAAAAUUGCCUCUGAUGGACUUAAGGGUCGUGUAUUUGAAGUAUCUCUAGCUGAUCUACAGAAUGAUGAAAUCACCUUCAGAAAGUUCAAACUUGUUGCUGAAGAUGUUCAAGGCCGUAAUGUCCUCACCAACUUCCACGGCAUGGACUUGACCAGAGAUAAGCUUUGCUCCAUGGUGAAGAAAUGGCAGUCGCUCAUUGAGGCCCAUGUUGAUGUAAAGACAACAGAUGGCUACUUGUUACGUAUGUUCUCUAUUGGUUUCACAAAGAAGAAGCCAUACCAGGUCAAGAAGACAUGCUAUGCCCAGCAUGCACAGAUCAAAUUGAUCAGAAAGAAGAUGGUUGACAUUAUCACAAGAGAGGUAUCUGCCAAUGACAUGAAGGAAGUUGUUAACAAACUUAUCCCAGACAGUAUUGGCAAGGAUAUUGAAAAGGCCUGCCAGGGAAUCUAUCCCCUCCAUGAUGUCUAUGUCAGGAAAGUUAAGGUCCUGAAAAAACCCAAAUUUGAUGUUGGUAAGUUGAUGGAAAUGCAUGGUGAGGGUGGUACCAAGACCGUUGUCACGGAAACCGGAGAGAAGAUCGAGAGAGUAGAUGGUUUUGAACCUCCAGUACUUGACUCUGUAUAGACUGUGCUAAAUAAGUUAUGAGGCUUAAAAAAUAAAGAGAAAAAUCCUUA